ACCCUGUCUUCAAGAAGGGUUUAGCGAGCUAAAGCUGCACCCUUUUGCAGAGGAAGGAGACACGGAGACAGUUCGUUGCUGGAGAGCCCUCAAGCUGUCUCUCCUCCUCCUCCAUGCUGUUUCUCAGGAGCGCUGUUCAUACGGUUCAUUAGGGUGGACUGAGGCAUAUUGUUUUACUCGGGGGGAUUUGGGGGCUUCUUUAUGUCUGUUGAGGUGCCUAUACACCUCAACUGCUGCUUCAGCUGCUGCUGCUGCUGCUGCUGCUGCUCCUCUUCGUCGUCUAAUCACUGAUAUAUCGCACGGCGGCCGCCUCACCUCUCAUUGGGAUGAACGAUGUCUACGGUGUCUCGCUAACUUAUUUAUUCAAGAAGAGCUGGUUCUAGAUCCAAAUGCGUUUGCAAAUAAAGGUUUAGGCCCGAUUGGCGUGGAAGCGGAUUUAGAUGCUGCUUUUGCUGCUCUUCAAUCUCAAGCUGCUGUGUCUCCUGAGUUAUUAGGGUUGUCUCCUUCUGCUGCUGUGCUGCUGGAGAGAGACAGAGGGAGAGAGUUGCUGCAGCUGCUGCAAGGGUUGCAGCCUCUGGAAGCAGCAGCAGCAGGAGGCUCUGCUGCUGAGCACCUGCUGCUCCCGCAAGUUGAGGAGAUGCAGCAGCGAGUUAGCAGCUGUCUCCUAAUGCUGCAGCAGCCGCAGCAAGUGGAUGUCUCUAAAGCUGUCGCUGAAGCAAAAGAAGCAGCAGCAGCAGCAGCAGCAGCAGCACCAGCACCAACAGCAGCAGCAGCAGCAGCUCCAACAGCAGAUACAGACGCAGAACACGAUAUGCUCAACAGCAGCACCAGCACCAACAGCAGCAGCAGCAGCAGCUCCAACAGCAGAUACAGACGCAGAACACGAUAUGCUCAAACAGCCACAAGAUGCACUCGGUAA